AUGGCCAUCCCGCCCUUGACGGCUUUGGAGCGGAUCGGGCCCAAGGUGUACGUGCGCUACGUGUUCCCCUUUGAGCUCGGAGAGGGCUACGACCUCAACAGGGUCGCCGACAUCCUCAAGAGCGGUUACGAUGCCCUCACCAAGACCUUGCCCAUCGUUGGCUGCGAGGCAGUGCCGGACAGCGCGCCGAAGCAGGCCGGAGUACUGAGGGCGCAGCCGAUAGCAGACGGAGACGAGAUCAAAGGCAUCGCUGUCAAGGAUCUGCGCUCUCCCGGCACGUUCCCCAUGACGUACGCCGACCUCAAGGCGAAGCAUUUCCCCUUGUCCGCGUUCGACGGCGACAUUCUCUUCCGCCGCUACGCGUGGCCGCGGCGGGGCGAACGCCUGCCCAUCUCUCUCGUGCAAGCAAACUUCAUCCCGGGCGGACUGAUCCUGACGUGGUGCCUCUUCCACGUUUUCGGCGACGGCAACACAUUCCUGACCUGGACCAAACUCUGGGCCGAAGGGUGCCGCCGGGCCCAGGGCCUGGCGAUUCUCGACCCCGUGCACAUCGACCCCGCCAUGCUGGCCGACCGCGAGCGUCCGGGGGUGAUGCGCGCGUCGGGCCGCAACCCGGGCCGGGCCGAAGACCACCCGGAAUACACGCUGCUGCCCUUCACGCCGCAGGGCCCGCCGCGCAAGAUGACGUCGCCGUCGCACCGCGGGCACAUCUUCUACUUCUCGCCCGCCGCCCUCGCCGCGCUCAAGGCCGAGGCGUCCCCGGCCAAGGCGACCCGCCCGACCGACGACAGCGAGACGACAUGGAUCUCGACCAACGACGCGCUCACGGCGCUGCUCUGGCGCACCGUCAUGGCCGUGCAGCAACCGCACCCCGCCCGCGCCCCCGCCCCCGCCGACGACGACGACAACCCGGUGUCGGUGCUCAUCGUCGCGCUCGACGGCCGCCUGCGCACCGCCGACCCGCCUGUGCACCCGCACACGCUGGGCUGCUUCCUGGGGUGGGCCGCUGCCUCAGCGCCCGUGCGCGACAUGCUCUCGUCGUCCCUCAGCCUGGCCGACCUGGCGGUCCGCAUCCGCCAGGCAGUGCGGCGGGCGGACGGCCAGUUCACCGACGACGUGGCCGCGCUGGCGGAUCGGCUGGACGAUGUGGACCGCUUGGUGCCGACGGCGUUUCUGGAUGUGCCUGGCAACCACUGCGUGCAGACCACGUGGGCGAAGUUUGACCUCUUGGUGGUGGACUGGGGCGGUGUGCUCGGGGGGAAGAUGCAGGCGGUGCGGGCGCCCAGCGAGGGCAUCAUCAAUGGGCUGCAAGUUGUCCUGCCGGCGCUGCCGGACGGGGGCCUGGAGGUGUUGGUGGGCGUGGAGGAAGGCAGUCUGGAGAGGUUGUUGAGCGAGCCGUUGUGGACUAGGUUUGCCGAGGCGAGGUGA